UUGUCAACAUUCACCCCCUCGCGCUAGAUGAUCGAUUCCACCCAACUUUAGCCUUCCCAUCUUCUUCACCCUCGCAGACGUCCGCCCCUGACAUGCACCUGUCGGCUCACUCGACGAGACAGCGCUCGUCGUGCCUUGCCGUCCGUUAGCAGCAGCCCCCACGCCUGCCCGGCAACCAUGUCCCCUCCGUCCCUCGCCAUUCCGGCCACUUCUCCCGUGGCCGAAACUCUCCAUCUCUGGAAGAAACGCUUCGACAAGCGUCAUCUUUCCACCAAUCCAGUUAUCGCUACCCUUGAUAUAGAAUACAACGAGCUGGUGCAGUCUUGGAAACGCUUCCAGGAUAACCUCCUCCCCCAUGAUCGAGUGCUCUUCCACGAACGUCUGCAAGGUCCCGACGAUGUUUUGGACGUCAUCGCCAGCAUCGAGCCCGUCUGGACGUCCACGUCGGGACAGCGAAUGUUGAGGGAAUGUUGCGACGAAUUUCGUUCGACCCUGGGCUCACACGGGAGGUUACUGGCCGUUCUACCAAGGAAUGAAUUGUACUGCUCGAUCUUUUACGGCGUCCUGCAAUCUCUUCUGAAGGCAUCCGCGGGCUACCCCAGAAUAAUGGAAGGAUUGACCAAAGCACUGGUCCAGAUCAACCGCCUCAUUGCCUCACCAGCCUCGGGCGAGGCCGUGCCGGCGACGAAGGACUCCAUCAACGCCAUUGCCCGCUUCUACACGCUCCUAUUUUUCUUUCUUGGAGAAGUGAUGGACUGGUAUGUGAGAAAGGCCAAAUGCGGGCUCCUGCGGAGCCCCAACCAAGACGUGUACCGUGCCUUUCAACGCCUGAUUGGUCAGAUUCGACGCACCGCGAAAAACAUGAUGCACGAUCUCACCGACGCCAUGGACGUCGAUGACACCGACUGCGAUAGCCUAUGUGAAAUGACCCAUGACGACUAUCGGGGAUGGUUUGAGCGGGCUCGAUUGAGCCAGGUGGGCCUUCAGAACGGGGCCCGUCGCUUCGCAGCGCAGAACGCCCUUACCCGUCAGUUGAUGUGGGAGAUUCAUCAGGAUGCGGCGGAGCGUAAGCGAUUGUUGCAAGACAGAGAUGUUCUUCUGGCGCGAUUGCUGGACACUGUUAGUCUACAGCUACAGUCCGUGAGUAAACAAAACAGCGGCAUUGCCUGUUUGACCACGACCGCUUCCCAGGAUUUAGGUAGGGAAGCCAGGCUCACAUGGCCCGAACUGCUCGAAGAGCUGACCGUGCACGCAUUACAAGACACAGACAGGUUUAACCUGAUAAAAGGGGGGCACAAGCACAAGUACACGCGCAUGGAAUUGCAGAUGGCUUCCCAGAAACUCGAAGACUUCUUUGAUGCCGACGACCAGAUCCCCGCGCUCGAAGUCGACGUUCCAGUCAUUGCGGAAGAUAACGUGAUGACCUCGCUAAAACAAUGGGCGACCGACGCCCACUCACAGGUCUUGGCCGUGGGGGGCCCUCAAUCGACAGUCUACCCUAGCCCGGUUUUGCUUGUCUCGACGUGUUACGCGAGCUUUGCUCGCAAGGCGGGCUUGCCCGUUAUCUCCCACUUUUGCAACCGAUCCACCGAUGCCGCCAACGAACUGACCUAUGAGCAACACCUCAUUGCCUUGGCCUACAGCUUGAUCCGCCAGUUGAUAGAAUACCUGCCUCCUGUAGUCGAAAGUCAUGCGGGGUGUGAUCUGAGCGGCGAGCGGUUCAAACCUUUGAACGGCUCGCUCACGUCUUGGAAGGAGGUACUCUCGCUGAUUGAUAUACUCCUGCACUUUGCGCCACCCCUGCUGGUGUGCGUGAUCCAUGGGCUCGAUGUCAUUCAAGAUGCGUCGACAGAUCCGUACAUCCGCUCAUUGGUGCGGACCUUUCUGACUCAUACGCGGCACCAGCCAGAAAUGCUGCCAAACGGCGGACAGAGCCAGAGUGUGUUACUAAAGGUGCUGUUCACGGUGGCUGGUCGCCCAAGCUCGCUAGUGGAGACAUUAUCCGAGAACCAGCUCAUUCUGCGGGAGUCGAACACGACCGAGGAGCUGACCCCGACCGACGCCGCCUUGGACGCCGAUGUAGGCCCUACGGCCAUGAUUGCAUAGUCAUUUCGAUGCUUGAGCGACGCCGCAUUGCGAUUUGAGUUUGAUUAUUCUUUUCUUUCGGGUGAAAAAUCGGGUCCUCAUAGAAUUUCAUGCAGGCUGGGAAUAUUCUUCAUGUCUUGGAUAUAAGAUGAAUCGGUAUGGGCUG